AUGAAUAAAAACAUUUUCAUUGCUAUAUUAUUUGGAUUUUUAUAUUUCAAUUGUGUUGUAGCUGUUGAUACAGUACACGAUGAAGCUUCCAGAGGAACAAUAAAUAGUGGAAUAAGUGAUUCAAGGGAAAAUGACGACUUUGUUCUUCGUAAAAUAUAUCAUGAUCUCACAUCUUCUCUUGAUCUUCUUGAACAAUAUGCAAUUAUGAAUCAUGGAGUAUUUCUAAAUGAAGGACAUCCACGAUUGGUUGAAAAACGUAGAAAUAAAUUUGAAUUUAUACGAUUUGGUAAAAAGUAA